AUGAGGCUCUUGCCAGGGAGCUGUUCCCUGUCUCCGUGUUUCCUGGGGGCUCUGACCUUGCUCCUUUGCCUGUCCAGCCUACAUGGCUGCAGUCCCCCUCCUAGGAUUGCACACGGGCACUACAGGUAUAUCAGUGGGGUCGUAUCGCUCAGCACCGUGGUGCGGUAUGAAUGCAAGGAAGGAUAUGCUCUCCUAGGAGCAGCUGAAAUCUCCUGCCUGUUUUCAGGAUGGUCGCCUCCAGCUCCUCGAUGUAAAGCUCUGUGCCUAAAACCGAAGAUACCCAGUGGAAAGCUAUCUGUGGAGAAGGAUCAGUAUAUCAGCCCUGAAGCUGUCACCAUCCAGUGUGACCCUGGCUACAAGAUGAUUGGCUCCCCAUUUAUCUCUUGCUCAGAAAACAGAUCUUGGAGCCCGGCUGUGCCUAAGUGUGAAAGGGAAGCCCCUGAAGAUCGUGACAUAGUGCUGGCAGGCAAAAACCUCUUAGAGUGUCUCCCAAACCCCAGGGACUCCAGAGUGGCCCUGGAGUUACAUAAACUGUCCCUGGAGAUUGAAAAACUGGAGCGAGAGAGAGAAAAGGAGAAAAUCAUUUAA